CAGCCCCUGAGAUCUACCCGUACACAUCGACAUAGCGAAGCAGCAGCAUUGGAUCUGAUUAGCCAGUAAUGCACAUAUGCCAUUGCAAGCAAAUGGAUUCUGAGCUGCAGUGCCGCAAGCGAAAGCACAUCCCAAGACGAACUCCUUCGUCCUCUCUACUCUCCUGCCACUAUUCCAUUUCCGUCUCUCUCCUUCUCCUCCUCCUCUGCUUCUGCUGCUUCGUCCUCCUCCUUAACAGCUUCUCCACCAUUGGCUCGUCUCCCUUCCGUCCCGUUCUGAUCGUCUCCCGCUUACCUCUGCUGUCGUCUUCAGCAUUGGCCGUGAGCAAUUCCAUCUUACAUUCUUCUGCCGAUCAUAAUGACGGGGGACCAUUGCCAUUCAUUGUUGAGGAUCGGGUCUUGUUCUCUGACCAUGUUUUGCUGGUGGUUUCCAAGAGGAGAACGAUAACGACGAAGGGUCUAUCUCUGCUUCAUUGGAACGCAGCAUUGAAUUGUGUCUACCAUCCUCUGCCCUCCUUCAGUAACACCAACAAUUCUAUUGAAUCCAAUGAGUUAGAUCCCAAGAACCGCCACAGCAUCUCACUUUCCCUUCUGUCUGUAGACGAAUUCGAUGGUUACAGGUCAAUUGCCCGGUGUCCCACACCUCCAGCUAAUCACUCUGCUUGGGUUCUCCUGGAGAGGACUGGAAUUAGAGAGACUCAGCGCAGCAGAGGAGAAGAAUUACAAGAUGAUGCGUCGGUUGGAAUUGGAAUUGAUCAUCCAGUUCAUUCAUGGGAGACGUCGCUGGUCUACGGUGCAGCUCUGGAUGGGGACACGGCCGUGGUGUUCGUUAAAGGAUUGAAUCUUCGCCCUGAUAGAGCCUCUGAUCCGACGCAAUUCGUCUGCCACUUCGGAUGGGGAAAUUGGCAGAGAAAUCCCCACUUCGUUUUCACCACACAGGCCCUUACUGCAGCACAGGAAGUUGUCCGGUGCUCUCUCCCUAUUACCAUUCGAAACAAUCCCUCUAGAGCCAAUGGAAUCCGAGUCACCAUUGGUGUAGCUUCAUUGGGAACAUCAGGCAGAGUGAGGACUACUCCUCCCCUUUAUAUUCCCCUACCUUCCGUCGCUAAGAUCUUCCAUUUCACCACCACCACUGCCGCGGUGAAGAAGAAAUAUGAGAUGUGUGUAUGCACCAUGGUAUGGAACCAAGCCUCCUCCCUGCGGGAAUGGAUCACCUACCAUGCCUGGCUUGGGGUUGAGCGCUGGUUCAUCUAUGACAACAACAGUGACGACAAUAUCAAGCAAGUGAUUGACGAACUCGAUCAAGAGAAUUACAAUGUUAGCAGGCACGUCUGGCCUUGGCUCAAGACCCAGGAAGCUGGUUUCUCACACUGCACCGUCAGGGCAAAGGCGGAAUGCAAUUGGGUGGGAUUCAUGGAUGUUGAUGAGUUCUUCUACUUCCCUGUUCCCUCUGCAAACAGAGGGAUUCCGACCGAUAGCUUGGGAUACCCAGGUCGAGAUUCUCUUAAAACCCUCGUCGCAAAUUUCUCCUCCUCAACAACCAUCGGUGAGAUCAGGACAUCCUGCCACAGCUUUGGACCGUCAGGGCUAAGAACGCCUCCUUCACAGGGAGUGACAGUGGGCUACACCUGCCGGCUCCAGAGCCCUGAAAGGCACAAAUCCAUCGUACGCCCCAAUGCUCUCGACGAUACACUACUCAAUGUGAUUCACCAUUUCCGGCUAAAGACAGGGUACACGUACCUCAACCUGCCACAGAGUACAGCCAUCAUAAAUCACUACAAGUACCAGGUGUGGGAAGCUUUCAGGGCCAAGUUCUUUCGAAGGGUUGCCACCUACGUCGCAUACUGGCAAGAGAACCAGAAUGAGGGAUCGAAAGACAGGGCCCCUGGGCUUGGGACUGAGGCCAUUGAGCCACCCAAUUGGCCACUUCAGUUCUGUGAGGUAUGGGACACAGGGCUCAGGGACUUCGUAAUGGCCAACCUGGCUGAUCCUGCAAAUGGGGUAUUACCCUGGUGGGGGAGCUCUCUUCAGUGACAAACACUCAUGGUGCCGCAUCAUUGUUGGCCUAUGAACAAUGAAUCACUUGUACAACCACACCCAUUCUUUAUUUUCAUUUUUUUUACCCUUUUGAUCCUGUUUUUUAUAUUGCCUGACACUAGUAAUUCAGAGAAGCCAUAGAGAAUUGUAGGGUUUUACAUUAUUGUAAUUUGUGACAUGACACGAUUAUUUUUCUCAUACUUGAAUUUUAUGGACUCAUU